AUGCAGAACAUGUCAAGGCGCUUUGGUCGCAUGACGACAAAGUCGUCUGCAGAUGACAGCCAAAUUGCUGUGCUUCUAAAAGAUUUCGACGAUGCAGAUAUGCUCCUAGGCAAGAUCGUGGAAUCUACUCAAGCCUGGCGUGAUGCUUGGGUCUCUAUCGCAACUUACCAGAGUCGCCUUGUCGACGAAUUCGACGGCCUCUACGGUCCUAUCAUUGGCUCCUCAGAAACCCCAUCCAACCACAAAGCCGUUGAUACAGACCCCGGCAGAUUAGCACGGACCAACAGACUGCGGAAGGAAUAUGACGAGCUACGUACCGAUCUCGUGGAUGAGCUCGGUGCUGUCGAUACUCGCAUGUCACAGCCGGCUGCGCAAGCGAAGGAAUCCCUUGCGCCGAUGAAAAAGACGAUCAAAAAGCGAAAUGACAAGAAGACCGACUUUGAAAUCUCCCAAGGACGUGUUGAUAGCCUCAUGAAAAAGCAGAAGCGCACCGAUCGCGAAAAUGUGAGCCUCGCCAAAGCGGAAAUCGAACUUGCCAAUAACAAAGAGGCUUACCAAGCCGCCGACCAUGAUCUACGACAGCGACUUCCAACAUUGAUCGCUCUCAUAUUCUCCCUGACGCCAUUCAUUCUUGAAGCACAGGUCGAGAUCCAAAACCGCAUGCUUGCGCACUAUUACACAGUGCUUCACACUUAUUGUGAAGAAGAGGGGUUCCCUUCUCCACCACCAGCCAUGGAACAGGUUGUCCAGGACUGGGAGUUUGCCUUUAAGCCCGUGCAAACCGAAAUAGAAUCCUUCGGUUCGCUAACCCAAGGAAUGGCCAUGCGACGAGCCGCAGCCGACCAGGAUAAUAAGAAACGCCCCUCAAUUGGAAAUCGCAUUCACAGCACUGCCUCAUCGAGCUCGCUUUCAGCUUCUUUCCGCCGGGGAUCACCAGGGUCGUCGAGCCAGACACCCUGUGUACCAGAAUAUCCUCCAUCUCCGCCCCUGUCAACAAUUAGCCAUAAGAGCAGCGCAAUUCCUGUCGGAAACACCGCAGGAUCGAAGCCCCUCUCGACGGGCGGCGACUACUUCGAACCCCCUCGUCCGACAUUCUUGCCGACGCCACAAGCCACUCCCGUUCCAUCAGGUGUGGUGAGAUCCCCCGCUGGCCCGAACAUAGACGCCUUCCAGGCCAAGGUAUCACCCAUGGCUGCCGCCAUUGGGAAGAAGAAGCCCCCGCCACCACCGCCGGCAGCUUCUCGUCCCGUGUUUGUCACGGCGCUGUAUGACUUUGAUGGCCAGGGAAAUGGUGAUCUGAGUUUCCGGGAAGGAGACCGCAUUCGCGUCAUGCGGAAGACCAAUAGCACGGACGAUUGGUGGGAAGGCGAGUUGAGAGGGCAGAAGGGACCAUUCCCUGCCAACUAUGUUGAGUAA